AUGCUCAAUUAUCCUUCCACACUCUCACGCAUACCACCUGGCCUAUCAUCCACACCAAACAUGCCGCUGUCAAACAUUGACCUCGUGAACCAAUGCGACGGAUUCCCUUACCCCGACGUAAACUUGGAAACCUAUCUCGCCUCCAUCAACACGUACUACCAACUGCGCGUCUCAGGCCACAACUAUGGGCUCGGUUACAUGCUACCUUCGGUUGUCGAGGUAUUUCGCGGCGUCUCAAACUGGGAGAUUGAUGAUAAGGCGCGGAUUCUAUGUCUCACAGCUGGUUCAAACGCACAAGAGCGGUCCGCAGCGGUAGAGACGACACUAUUGGCAUUGCGCAAAACCGGUCAUUUCAAGGUGCUGGACAAGUGGAGGGGGGAAUUGUAUGCUGUCUACGGUAAAAAUAAAGAGUUGCUGUUCAAUGUGGAGAGAAGUGCUAGUCCCCUGUUUGGUGUCAUCACAUACGGUGUACACCUGACUGCCUUUACACGCACGCGUGGAGAAAUCAAGAUUUGGACUCCGAGAAGGGCACGUACAAAGCAGACAUAUGGAGGCAUGCUCGAUAAUGCCGUGGCUGGUGGUAUCGCAUCGGGGGAGAGUCCAUUCGAGAGCCUGGUCAGAGAAUGCGCAGAAGAGGCUUCACUGCCGGAAGAGCUGGUGCGCAAGAAUGCAAAGGCGUGCGGCACAGUCACGUACUGGUACGUCCGCGACGAGAGAGCGGGGGGUGAGACGAAUUUGAUGCAGCCCGAAGUUCAAUACGUCUAUGAUCUUGAGCUUCCUGAAGAUACGAUACCGAAGCCCGGCGACGAUGAGGUUGAGCAGUUCUACCUAUGGACCGUAGACGAGGUGCAGGAGGCUAUGAGAAACGGAGAGUUCAAGCCCAACUGUUCCCUGGUCGUGCUAGACUUUCUCGUGCGGCAUGGCAUCCUGACGACGGAGAACGAGAAGGAUUACAUCGAGCUGGUGAGCCGAUUGCACAGAAAACUCGAAUUCCCCACACUAUGA